UUUCUCGCUCUUAAAUGGGUGCAUCCAACUCAACCUGGUUUCACCAAACCGACGAUGGAUCCUGACCCACUUAGCCGGCAUUGCUCCCAAUGGGAAAGCCCGAAGAACAACAACAACACACUCUGUCUUCCGGAGUCGCCACCGAUGAUCCGCGGCGGAAUGCGGCGGCGAAGUGUUGUUGCUGUACAUUUUCCGUUAGACCGAGAUGCAUUCUCGUUCUACUCUUCUCAGCUGCUGUGUUCCUCUCUGCCAUCUUCUGGUUGCCCCCAUUUGUUCGCUAUGCAGAUCAGAAGGAUCUGCACUUCAAUUCUAAGUAUAAAGGUCAUGACAUUGUUGCAAGCUUUUCUGUCAAGAAGCCAGUUUCUUUGUUAGAAGACAACAUCUGGCAGCUUUCUGAUGACAUUUUUGAAGAGAUAGGGGUUCCUUCUUCCAAAGUGGUUAUCUUGUCUCUAGAUCCCUUACCAGGGUUAAACACCACAAAAGUUGUGUUUGCAGUUGAUCCAGAUGAUAAAUAUUCAGAAAUGUCUCCAGCUGCCAUUAGUUUGAUACGAGCAUCAUUUAAAUACCUGUUUAUGGGCCAAUCAUAUCUCCUACUCACUCCAUCCUUGUUCGGGGUACCCUUCGCUUUUGAAAUGCUGAAAUUUACGGGAGGGAUCACGAUAAUUCCACAACAGAAUGUGUUUCCUCUGCAGACAGUGCAAACACUAUUCAACUUUACUUUGAAUUUCUCUAUUUAUCAAAUACAAUCAAAUUUUGAUGAGAUGACGAGUCAGCUAAAGUCUGGACUAGAUUUGUCACCCUAUGAGAACUUGUAUGUCAACUUAUCAAAUUCUGAAGGUUCUACAGUAGCUGCUCCCACUAUUGUUCAAUCGUCAGUCCUACUUGCAAUUGGGAUUACACCAUCAAAGGAGAGGCUAAAGCAACUAGCGCAAACCAUCAUGGGACCUCAUUCAAGGAACCUUGGCUUGAAUAACACUCAAUUUGGUAGGGUUAAGCAGGUUCGACUUUCAUCCAUCUUGCAACACUCCCUUCAUGGCAGUCGUGGUAGUAACUCUGUGUGGUCACCUUCCCCUUCCCCUUUGCCUCAUCCACACCACCACCACCAUCAUCAUAAUCAUCAUCAUCAUCAUCAUCACCACCACCACCAUCACCACAAUUCCCAUAUUUUGCCUGCAAGUUCACCUACACCUGAACCUACAAAUGGGGAAGGUGCAAUGCCACCUAAGGUUGGUUCUCCUGCUGCUGCAAAAAGUGUGCCUGCUCCAGGGAGAAGUUCUCAAGCUCAGCCUCCUAAUUGUCAAUUUGGGUGUAGAAAGAGGUCUACACGGAAUACUCAGAAAUAUGUCCAUCUAACACCUGCAGUUGCCCCUACUAUUGCUCCACACCAUCCUGCUGCCUUGCCAAAACCACGAGUUGAACCCCCAGCACAUGUCUCUCAUUCAGUUUCCGCAUUGAGUCCUUUACCAAAUGUAGCUUUUGCACAUGUGGAGCCCCCUCCUAAGAAUGAACCAUCUGCAGAACAUUCUAACACACUUUUUCAUGGCCCAUCACCAUCUUCAUCUUCCGCAGGUUGUCUUGGGGCUGUGAAAUGGACAUCUUUAAUGUUUGUUGUACUUGUAUUACAUGUAUAAGCAAGUUCUGAACUAUAUCAUUCAGCCAGAC